CAUUGUAGAUUUACCAAACCUUGCAAUUUACAGAAGGAGAUCGAAGAUGCCACUACGUUAUCUUCUUACGUUUCUGGCCAAUAAACAAGUUGUCGAUAAGCUUGCCAAUUCAUACCCCAUUCGCCGUCUGGCUCAGCUCACACAUUACACAUACAGACAAGUAACACUGUGGGGCACUGAUGCUCUUGAUAAAGCCGUCAAAUCAAGGGAAGCUCAGGCAAAUGUUCAGCAAAGUAAUCAGAUAUCAAACAGAGUUGUUUCAUUCUCAAGGAAUUUUUUCAAAAAUAUUCAAGAAGAGAUAGAAAAGAUCCAACAGAGGCCAAGAUAUUGACACUAUCACCCUUUCAUGGGUUACCUUGUGACACCUUGAAGGGGUUUAAAAGCACCCACAUCUUUUUCUUGUUUGUUCCACGACAAUGUAGAAAGUUAGGGACUUUUGAAGUGGUUUAAAAAUUGACAGGUUGCAAAGAAAAUUGAUUUUUCAGCUUGCCCUAUUCAACCAUUUUCCACUGAACCCAAAGCUCUUCAUACUGGCCUUUCCUCAUCUGUUGACAGAAGACUGAAAAUUUGUUUCUUGCCCUUUGGGUAAGUGAUGAAUCAAAUCCACUAACCCAAGUGGAAAUUCAGCUGGCCUUUGGCUAUGGGUCAGGACUUUCUACGCAUGCUGCUUGAACCUUGCAUUGUGGAUUAUAUUCCAGUUGUUACAAAUUGCAAGACCAUGGGACCACAGAAUUUUGGACAAACAGAAGGAAACUUAAAUUUCCACUUUGCAGGGGAUAUGGUAACACCUCAAAAGAGACAGUUGAAAAAGAAAUGUAAAUGCC